AUGCCAGCUGGAUCAGCAUCUACUUCCAAGGGUAAUGAUGUCUACAAAACUCUGGCAAACAAUACCAACGCAUGUUGGUGGAAGGAUCCAGGUCUACGACGCCUUAACAUUGGUAUCAUCCUCACUUUUGCCUCCGCAACCGCCAAUGGCUUCGAUGGCUCAUUAAUGAAUGGCUUGCUUGCCAUCCCAGCUUUCAAGAUCGACAUUGUGAAUCAAGUGAGCACGAAUGUGUUGGGUCUGAUUAUUGCCGCGAUCUCACUCGGAGGUCUACCUGCUCUUAUCCCAGCUGGCUAUGUCUCCGACCACUUCGGCCGGAAGAAGUGUAUUGGCUUGGGAACUUUCAUAAUGGUCGUCUGCGCUCUCACACAAGCUCUCACCAAUGGCCCGUGGGCCUUUCUAGGAAUGAAGGUUGCAUUGGGUGUUGGAAUUGCCUUUGUCCUCAUCGGCGCACCACCUCUAGCCACAGAAAUUGCUCAUCCACGAAUGCGCGGUCAAGUCUCGGCGACAUUCCAGACGACAUUCUAUUGGGGCGCAAUUGUCUCUGCAACCGCGACACUCAUUGGUUUGUACGUUCGUGGAUCCUGGGCAUGGCGUAUGCCUGUCAUUCUGCAAGUCUUCUUCCCAGUGCUCCAGAUCAUCGGCCUUUGGAUCGUACCUGAAUCUCCCCGCUGGCUUGUUGCUAACAAUCGCCUGGAUGACGCUUUAGCGAUGCUCUCUCGCUACCACGCCAAUGGCGAUACGUCCGAUGCCCUCGUCCAGUACGAAUUCAAAGAGAUUCAAGAAGUCGUUCGCGCUGAACUCGCCACCAAAACAUCCUCCUCGUGGGCAGAUUUUCUUAGCACAUCUGGAAAUCGUCGCCGUCUCGCCAUAUGCAUCAUGGUCGGCUUCAUGAUCCAAUGGGCCGGAAAUGGGAUCGUUAGCUACUACCUCGCGCCCAUCCUCGCAUCCGUAGGUGUGACAAACCCCAUGCAACAGGCCAGCAUCAACCUGGGCCUUCAAAUCUGGAAUGCAGGUUUUGCGCUCGCUGGUGCAUUUGCAUCGGAGCGCUAUGGCCGUCGUCCAUUAUGGCUCACAUCUGCCAUCGGCAUGUUGGUGUGCUUCAUUCUGAUCACGCUCCUGGCCGCACUUUACGACGAGCACCACAACACCCACGCCGGCACCGCCGUCAUCCCGUUCCUCUUCUUCUUCUUCGCCUUCUACGACAUCGGCUUCACGCCCAUGUCUCUGAGCUACCCAGUCGAGAUCUUGCCAUACAAGCUCCGCAGUCGCGGUCUCUCAAUCACCCUCACGACCGUCUUCGCCACUGGUUUCUUCAACCAAUACGUCAAUCCCGUUGCGCUGGAGUCGCUUAGGUGGCGCUUUUAUUUCGUCUAUGUGGCCUGCUUGGUCCUCUUUAUUUGCGUCAUAUAUUUCUUGUUUCCGGAAACGAAAGGACGUACUUUGGAGGAGAUUGCGGUCGUGUUUGAUGGGCCUGGGGUGGGGAGUCAGGUGCAACGGAGGGUCAGUGUCAGUGGCACGCAAGAGGAAGAGAUGGAUCGUCUCCCGCACGCCGCGUAG